CUUCUCUUCUCCAGCUGAACAGCGACUGACCCAGGGAGGUGACAGUCGCUGCUGACCGUUGAGACUGCGGCUGGGUCUUGUCCUCCUCGCCACUUCCCUUUUCUCGGGCGGGGGGGUUGUCGCAGGGACUCGGCCAGCCCCGGUCAUUUGUUUGUGCGGAGUAGGGGUGGAAGAGAGGUUCCAGACCUUUCAUUUCAUUGGUGUUGGGAAUGCCCAGUGUGAAUGAGGGGAUAGGGACUGGACCUGUAAUACUCUUGGCAUAAGGAACUCCCAGAGGAAGACCAGGAAGGACAAAGAAGCAGAUAUUUGCUCCAAAAACCUUUGGUUCUGAGGUUUCCCCAGAAACAAAAGGGAUUAUCUUCCUUUGAAUAAGGUCAGCAAAAAUGUCCAAUGACCCUCCCCCUCCCUAUCCUGGGGACCCCUCAGCUCCACUCUUGGAAGAGAAAACUGGAGGCCCACCUGGUGCAGGCAGAGCCUCACCAGCUAUGGUACAACCCCCUGGCAUACCCCUACCCCCAUCAGACAUUGGACCUCCUCCUUAUGAGCCACCACUUCACCCGAUCCCUCAGCCUGGCUUCAUCCCUCCCCAUCUGAAUGCAGAUGGUACUUAUGUGCCCCCAGGCUUCUACCCACCUCCUGGCCCUCAUCCUCCCAUGGGCUACUACCCCACAGGGCCUUAUCCAGGCCCUGGGGGUCACACAGCCACUGUUCUUGUCCCAUCGGGGGCUGCUACCACAGUGACUGUGCUGCAGGGAGAAAUCUUUGAGGGUGCACCUGUGCAGACCGUGUGUCCUCACUGCCAGCAGUCUAUCACCACCAAGAUCUCCUAUGAGAUUGGCCUGAUGAACUUUGUACUUGGCUUCUUCUGCUGUUUCAUGGGAUGUGACCUGGGCUGUUGUCUGAUCCCCUGCCUGAUUGAUGACUUCAAAGAUGUGACACACAGCUGUCCCAACUGCAAAGCCUACAUCUACACGUACAAGCGCCUGUGCUAACGGAGACCACCCGGGAGCUGGGACCCGGGAUUACCAUCUCUCCUUUUUGCUUGUCAAUCCUAUACCCUGUGCUUUGUUUUCCUGCUCGGCGGUAGCUUCUCCCUUUUUCCUCCUUAGGUUGGAAGCAGGGAACUCCUGUCCUCUCUGGUCUGUCCAGCCCAGGGAUAUUUGUAUCUCUUCUGGUUUAGGGUUUGGCAGAUUGGAAAUUUAGUGUCAAUAGGGUGGGGGGAAGUGACAAGCAUGUUAUUUUGGAUAUUGAUAUUUUGCUUAGUAUAUUUAAUCAGGAUUUCCAGAGUAAACUAACUGUCCACUAGCAGAGGUACUCUUCCCAUUGAAAGUUUCCAGAUACCACUGUUGUGUUAAGUAUUAGUUCUUUCAUGUUUGCUUCCUUGAGAAUCAUUGAAAACCUGCAUCCUGUAACAAUAGUUUGUUUACUGGGGCCUCUGGGAUAGAAGUUCCUCUUCCUACUACCCUAAUCCAUAUGCCUUCUACAGUGACAAUUACCUUCUAUUACCAGUUUGCCCUGAUGCUAUUGCAUGUCUGUUCUGAUACUUUCCAUAUUACAGAAUAGCCCAAGGUGGGGUUCAUGACUGCAACUAGCCAGAUGUGGGAUGUUGACCCAGGUGGUAUUGAAGGGUGGGAGCCCUUGCUUAAGGAGUAGAGAAACCAGGGGGCAAAGUGGUCAUUAGUAACCACUAAAAACACACAACAGGGGAAAAGAGUAGGUUCAAAAGGCCAUCCUGUAUUUCUAAUUAUACCAGAGGGCUCUAAGUUCCUAAAAGAUAGACUAAAGCAGCUGGGAUCAUGCAAAUUCCAGUAGGAACUAGAUGCAUCAUGAAGGACAGGACUUCUAUGUAAUAGGAAAACCACUGGCACUAGAAACUCUCAGGUAUCAAAACUUAUGACACGUAGAAGCUCUGUAUAAUUAAGUGCUGAUGAAGAAAGAGUUGGUGAGCAAUGAGUAUCAGACAGAGAGCCCUGCUCAAGUACAACACCGUUUUGGAACAAGACUGGGUGCCAGUUUAGAAAAGGCAACAAGCAACAUUGAUUGUAUCUGUAACUUUUGACAGAGGUCACUGGGUCAUCACCUCCCUUUCCAGAAGUCUAACACUACCUUUGGAGCCCUGCUAAGUCCCACCUCUGGGAAGAUGAGGGUGGAGUGGUAAUGGAGGACUCAGCUUGUUCCUUUUGUACCUGAAAUUUGGCAUUUUGACCUUUUUCUGAGUCUUGUUUGCGCACCUGUGGUGGAAGGGGGACUGGGAAGAGGCCAGAAAGACUAUUAUUCUAAACCCUACACCACCCUCACUUCCCAGACAUGGAAGUUUACUGACUGGCCACUAGAUGGCAAUGCACAACACUUUGUGUGAAUUCUUAUUUGCAGAGAUUUUACUUCCUUUAAACCAUGUCGGGGAAACACUAUUUUUGCACUAAACCUUUUAAUGUCCAUUGUGUUUGGAGCUUCAGUUGAAAAAAUCAUGCUAUUUAAUUUGGUUUCGGUAGAGAAUGAAGAGGUGAUAAUGGGUGAGGCAGAUCUGACAUCCAAUUAAGCCCCAUUACUGAAUGUAAGACUUGGGACCUGUGUCAUAAGCAUCACUGCUGCUACUGUACCCCUUACCUGGUUUCUGCAGUUUAAAUGCAUGUCAUCCUAUUUAAUGUGAACCUGUUUGUUCUCAAGUCUUAGUUUAUCACUUACAUUAAAUUGGCCUAUCUGCCCACCUUUCCCUGUC